AUUUUUUUCCAAAUCACGGAUAGGUUUUUUCAGAUUUCAAGCUAUUUCGAGUAGAUUUUUUCGAUUUUUCGAGCAGUUGCAGACAUUUGUCAAAAACAUCUGGUAUCUCAGCAGUCUCAGUUUCCAAAUCAAAUCGCGACAAAUCGACUCUAGAGCUCGGUAUCUUUUGUGCAACAUGACUUGCCUCAAACACGAUGGACGAACUAGCGACAUUACUUAUCUAUGAGGACUGAAUAAUCUAACUGCGGACAACCAGUUUUGGUGCGCUCAAAGAACCGUGGCUCACCAUGACAGCGGAACGCCACAUUGAUGACCUUCCGUCGGAUAUAGUUGGGCGAAUUCUGGAUUACCUGUCCUUUGGCGAACGGAAAGUGGCUUCUCUGGUUUGCCAAAGGUGGAACGAGGAGGUAUUUUCGACGCGUUUUCUGAAUCGAAUCCUAAUUCGAGUGUUCUCCGACCAGUCCGAAGCUGUAUGCAAAAGCGUUCGAGUCUAUCGGCAUAUACAGUUUUGUAGAACGAUCAGAAGAGAUUGAUCCGUGAUACUGUCGGUACUUGAUAAGUUUGAACCUCAACUGUAUAGUUUGCAUGUUAAUUUCUACACGACACCGCAGCUCUGGGAUCUAUAUCAGAGAACACAAAAUUUGAAGCAGCUGACGUUGGAAGUGUCUUGUAGGGAACUGAUUUUUAUAGCGGAAACUUUGCCGAGAUGGAAUGAUGUGGAAGAGUUCACUAUACACUAUAAUACAUCUGAUAAAAUGGGGAUCGAGUUUCAACUCUUAACGCCAAAUAUAUCUAGACUGACCCUGGAAUGGCGCUCUCGCAGUUUUCUCUGACAAUCGCUUGAAGUGUUGUAUAGAUAUGCACCAAAGCUAACAUAUAUUGAUUUAGGUGGAUUAAACGGGUACGACGGCUACACCGAGGCUACCUUGCAGCAGUUCUUCUCGGUUGCUACUGAGCUCCAAACAGUGUUGAUACGUUUUCCAAUAUCGCCCCAAAUAUUUUUUCUUCACAAUAUCGCCCCAAAUAUUUGAAAGUAUCGCUAAAAACUGUAAGCACCUGAGAAUGCUAUUUUUUUGUACCUUCAAACUGGAAAUCACUGGACUUUCCGUUCUGGAUGAACUAACUGAACUUAAGGUUCUUCGAGUACGAUUCGACGACUUAUUGCAAGAUGUAAAAGUUUCGCACAAGCCUUUGCCGACUGUCGACACACUUUGUCUACAGCUGCAGAACAACCCGAGUAUCUCUGUAAUUGAAUAUUUAGGAAAACGACUGCCGAACAUCCAUACGCUUAAGGUUAAGAUAGGUAGUGACAGGUUUGGCAUGGAUGAAGACGUUUUAAAUCAAAUCUGCUACAGCUUCUUACGACUGCAAACCCUUACGGUAAACGAUCGUUCCGACCGCAGCCCGCUGCCGAUGGAAGGUUUCAAUCAACUGCUGCAACUGCACCGUUUGGAAGAACUUAAUCUAACUAACGUCGAGUUAUCGAUUUUGAACCUACCCACCACAAAUAUUCGACGGCUGCGGCUCAACAGAUGUAAGUUCGAAACCAACCAGUGGGCAACCUUGGCAAAGGUUAUGCCUUGCUUGCAAUAUCUCGGAUUCCGAGAGAGUGGCUUCGUGAAGAGGUACCUUCCAGCAGCAGCACUUGCCCUACCCAACUGCACGGUAGAGAUGUGUGAUUAUUACUUGUAUCGGGAAGUGAUGCGUAUUUUCGUUUUAGAAAUUUAAAAGGCAAACUACAAUCCCAAAACUGGAUCUUAUAUAACUAAUAACUUAGUAAUGCGAAAUACAUUUAUUAUUAAAAUUAGUCAAAACAUUCACAAGCAUUUCUAGUCACUAACAUAUUGUAGAAGAAAUCAUAACUUGAACGUUACAAAUCUGCUUAAAAUGCCGCCAAAGACAAAGUUAUACUUACUUGAAAGUUUAAAGAAUUAUUGAUUAUUUAGAAAAAAUAUAAAAUUUAUCCUUGUGCUUCUACUGUUCAUUUUUUUUUUCUAUCAAAGGAAAGCAAUCUCUAAUGUUAUUUUCAUGACUAGAAUCCUCCUGCAAGUUUCUCAAUUUGGAGUUAUGCGACUUGAACAGAAAAGAACAAAACAGAAAAACUUUUAAAACCCAAAAAAAAAAAAAAAUACCAAAAUAACCGUAACCUGUGUGGUGAGUGGCAAUAAUCCACGAGUUGACCAUUCAUAUAGACUCUUCAAAAGCCUGGUGGUUGUUAUGGUAACCUCAGUUUGUUUGAAAGCUGAUUGAUUUCGUCCUGUGAUUCGGCCACAGUCAGUAAACAUGUCUUUUCCGAACGUCAUACUCCCAGAAGAGAUUGAUUUUCUCGUACAAAGUUUGCGCCAAUUCCAGGUUGUAGAUAUAGGCAACCAAAGCUGGUUUGAACAAUACGAAAAUGUUUUGAAACUAACACAACAAGCUUACAUCGAAGCUAGCACCCAGCAGGAAGAAGUGAUCAAAGAACAGAUUAUCGUCGAGGGAAAACUUCCCCUGCUGGUACAUGAAAUAUUUUGCGUCAGAAUUUGGAGGAUCAAAGUUCUGCCAGAGUUGGUGGAUGGAAACAAUCUAAAAGCUUCCUUCGUUCCGUACAGUGUGCUGUACUAUGAAAUGAAUAUUGUUGCCCUACUAGAAACGGUUCUAUUCUACUCAAAUAGUUCCGAAGCUUUGGGAGACAGUAUUCUGGAUUUAGUGGAUUAUUGUGCACAAGCAGUUGGACUACUUAUUGGCCUCUCUAACGAUGAUAGUAUACAACAGGACACACAAUCACUGCUAACGGAAACAGCUCAAGAAGAGCUAGAUCGUUUGAGGAAAGAUAUGCACUUCAGAAUAGGUUUAAAAUGUAUAACUAUUUUGAACUACGUGAUAGAAAACUUAUCAGCGCUUCCGCUAAGUGUGAGCAGCCGAUUGGUCAAAACCCACGAUGUUCCCUGUCUGAUAUCUAACAUUUUACACUUAAAACCUUGGCUGAGAAAACGUAAAGGCUUUGAAAAAUUUACUAACGACCGUUGGGAAUCUGUUCAUGGGUCCGACGUUUUCAAAAUAGUUAAAAGUGAAGCUCAGGCUUGGUUUUGUCUCUUUGGCUUGCUAACCAACCAAGUUUUGAUGGGUGAGUACGAAAUCAACGAAUUCCGGCAGAGAGAGAUCUGUAAAUGCGUAGGCCUUCUAACCGAGCAAACCGUUGACCAGAUCCCAGUACUUGUUCAUUUGAAGCAGGUUCUGUGUUCAAUUCAAAUGAAAACAGGACCGAAACCUACGUAUCGCUCGAAUCUGUUGCUAGAAGAGGUGCCGGAAAUCGAAGACAAUUUGAUGACAGCUGCAAAGUUGUAUGGCUGGAAAAAAAUUGUUAGAAAACAUAGAAAAAUAUUUGUCGAUUUAACACAGCAAGAAAUAGCCGACAUUGCGAAGAGAUUGAAUACAACGUAUAACACCCAUUUGCUGGAGAAAAUCUCCGAUAGUAAAACUGAUACUGAUGGCCAACAUUGUUCGACCUGCAAACAACCAGCCGAAAAGAAGUGUUCUAGAUGCAGCUCUGUUUAUUACUGUUCGCGUGACUGCCAAGUUGCAGAUUGGCCACAGCACAAGGAAUUGUGUCAUCAGCUGAAAGCACUCUAGUCACUAAUCACUGUUUACCGAGAAUUAAAUUUCUUAUAUUGGUUUGUGUAGAAUAAAC